CAAUUCUUCCGGGCAAAACUGAAACCCACGUCUCUGAAGUCUCUUGGACAUUUUAAAAUAAGGGCAGGAUGUCAGCAGUGAAGAUGACGGAGGGGCGUGUUUCGCUGGAUUGCGGGGGUGAGCCACUGUUUUACCGGCAGGCGGAGCCCGCAGACCGCGCAGCGAGGCUGUCUGUCCUGCUGCUGCACGGCAUUCGCUUCUCCUCCGAGAACUGGCUCAAGAUUGGCACUCUUGAAACGCUCGCCAAGGCCUCCUGCCGCGCCGUCGCUAUCGAUUUGCCAGGUCUGGGAAAUUCCAAGGGGGCAGUGGCCCCUGCCGCGGUUGGGGAGCUUGCCCCUGGAGACUUCCUGAAGCAGGUGCUGGAAGCACUUAAGCUGAGCCCUGCGGUGGUGAUCAGCCCCUCCCUGAGCGGCAUGUACUCCCUGCCGUUGCUGUUUCAGCAUGGAUCCCUGGUCAGGGCCUACAUCCCAGUUGCUCCCAUCUGCACUGAAAAGUUCACGGCUGAACAGUACAGGAGUGUUCAGACUCCUGCUUUGAUUGUCUAUGGAGACCAGGAUACACAACUGGGAGAAGUGUCCCUGAACAACCUGAAGAAUCUGGCCAAUCACAAAGUAGUGGUGAUGAAAGGGGCGGGACACCCCUGUUACCUGGAUAACCCUGAGGAGUGGCACAGGGCAGUGCUCGAUUUCAUGGAGACUUUGUGAUGCUGUAAAAAAGUAAUCAACAAUGACACCAGAGCAUUCUUCCUAGAUUAGGACAAUAUGUCUGUGCCUGCAUUAUUGAACUUGAUCAGCACUUGUGAAC